AACUGUCGCUCCGUUAUGACGUCGCCCGGUCGUCUGCAUGUGUUUUCCAGCAUGGUGACCUCCAUGGACUGUGAAUAUAGCCGAUGUCAACGCCAAGUAGGUCCACUCUGGAUGGAGUGAGUAAAACGUGAUCCGGUAUGCGUUAUAUAUAUGUAACAAUUAAUCACAUGUAAUAGUUAGUUUAGUCGAUAUUCAUAUUCAGCUUAUUCUGCAAUUUUCCAGAUCUUACAUCUGCUUUCACGUUGAACGGAUGAUAUUUGAAGACACAGUCGUUACUUUAUUCAUACAUCCUUCAAUUAUUUGAAGUAAUGUCUGUGCAGAUCCCCUUUGUUGGACUUCUAUUUAUGCACAGACUACUGAGAAUAAGCACAACCUCUCAAAGACAUCUUAACUGCGGAGGUUUACUCUUCAAACUCUGCAAACAGAGAAGAGAAAUAAGAACUUUUUCCACAAAUACAGUGACAUGUAAAGAUAAUGAGGGAGACCACUCAGGCUCUGAGCCCACCAUCAGCAAGAUGACCCCCAGGCAUGCACUGAUGCCCACAAGAAGGAGACCCCUGUCUCCCCUGGAGAGGAUAAGCGGGAUGUUGCCCCAGGACACCCUGAGCCCUGAAGUGAUGCAGCUGAGAGAGCAGGACCAACAAGACUUUGAAGAUGGCACAAACACCCAGAAAACUGCAGCUGAAGAGGACCCAGACCACAAGACAGUCCCUAAGAAGGAUGACACAAAGACUCAUCAUGAGAUAGAUGCAGUCGAGGAGCCAAACAUACCAGAGAUUCAGUCAUUCAGUGAGCACCAAAUGGUAUCACAGAGUCUGCCGGGGGAGAACUUUCUUGUGUUUGGGGAGUUUCUUGUGGCAGAGUAUCGCAGACAGGGGCAGGUGGAGUUCAGGAAGAUGUUUCGGCUGCAGACAGGGAUGCGGCUGAACAGCCAAUGGGGGCUCAUCAUGCAUGAUGACAUAGCCGGGCAGCCUGCAGGUUGCUUCUUGAAGACCAACAUAGGAGUUUCCCUCCUCAUACGUCGGGCCAGUCUGGAAGAUUAUGUGCUCUUUAUGAAAAGAAUGCCAGCCAUCGUUUACCCUAAGGUGCAGUUUGUGUUUCACAGUCCCACAUGUGCACAGUUUUUACACUGCUCCUUGAAAAUCAUGUUUGAAUGACUGUCUCUUUAUUCAAUGCGACUCUGCCCCAGGAUGCAGUUACCAUGUUCAUGAUGAUGGAUGUGAUGGAGGGAGACUGCGUGCUAGAGUCAGGCUCAGGGUCUGGGGCCAUGUCUUUGUUCCUGUCCAGAGCAGGUCUGCACCCUUACACAUCAACUAUUUUUCUUUUGAUGAGAACAGAAGGAAGGAGUGUGUAUGCACACUACAUGAAAGUAAAGACAGCUUUAGCCCUCUUAUGUCCAUGUUUUUACCAGUGAUCAGGAUAAAAAGUCUUAUAAACUCACCACUAGGGUUGCAUAAUUCCGUGUAUUUUCAAAGUUGGAAACUUUCCAUGGGAACGGGAAUAUAUGGGAAUUAACGGGAAUAAAUCUGGAAAUUACAAAAUUGAAGGUUGGCCUCCAUCCGGGAACUUAAAUAUAGUUAAGGAAAAUAUAUCAUAGCAUAAUCUUGGCUAAAAAAAACAGAUUUAAUGCAAGUACACUCCUCAAUCACAUGCACACUGCUUACUGCAGUGCUAUUGAGGCCACACCCCCUACAUGCACUGUGCAUUCCUCCAUCACAUACACAGAUGAUUUCUUGAACCCUGGAGGCCACACUUUUGAGCCCAAAGCACAAGACAUUUAAGCCCAAGGACUAUAAAUUCAAGUAAGCUUUGAUAAUAUUAUGGGGUAAAUAUAUUUGAUCUAUCAUAGUAUUAAUAUUUAACUUGCAAAAAUUAAAUAAAAAUAGGUGCUAAAUGUAAGCCAUUGACUAUUUAAGGGGCUAGCUUAUUGUGGUGGUGGUAACUACCUCAAAUGUGAUGUUGUUUCUUCUGACUCCUGCAAGACAGUUUUCUGUAACCAUUAUUUAUACAAUAAUUUAUACAUCAAUUGUCAACUAUUUUGAAAACCAUUGCAGUUGUUAUGCCAACUAUAUUUCUGUUCAUGCCACUGCAUUGGCGUUUUUACAAGCUUUUGUAAAAGCUCGUUUUUUAAUAGUAUUAUUUCGCAUGGAUGUCUGUUUAUGACAAAACAAAAAUAUUUACAUUUAUGUUUGGAUAUGUUACUUUGUAUAAAUUACCCCUAAUUCCCAUAAUUUCCUUUGAAAGUUUCCAAUUUGGAAUAUUUCCAAAAUUCUCCUGCUUAACUUCCCAUGGAAAGUUUCAGGAAAUUUACCAGAAAUUUUCUGCCCCUUUGCAACCCUACUCACCACCCUAUCUCCGAGGUCUGAAAAGGACUGUCCUGCUUAUUGUCUGGUCACAGUUGAAAACCACAGCAUGUGUGAUGGUAUGGGGAUACAAGGGCUUAUUUGAGAAGGAGCCUAGUGCCACACAAUGAUCCAGGAAAGCUUAGAUGGAGUGUGGAUGGAGAGUGACCUCACGGACAUUACUGUGUUUUUAUGUUUCCCCAGUUGGCUCUAAAGGCCGUGUGCUGAGUUUGGACAUCAGGGAGGACCACCAUAAACGAGCUGUCUGGAACUACAACCAUUGGAGGACAGCAUGGAGUCUGCGACGGGGAGAGGAGUGGCCUGACAAUGUCCAGUUUGUCCAUGCUGACCUGAGCACGGCCUCCUCACUCCUUGUUGGUCAGGGAUUUCACUCGGUUAGUGUGCAGCACCUGAUAACUAUUCAUCAAGACUUUGAACAUGUGAUACUUGUCCAUUCAUCAGGUGGAUCCUGUCUGUUUUAGGUUGCCCUCGACUUACCCAGCCCCCACCUGGUUUUACACACCAUGACUCCACAUCUGCACCCUGGAGCUGUUUGUGCUGUCUACCUUGCCAAGUGUGUAUCGUAUUGUUUUCCAUCACCUCUGAAAUAUCUUAGAUAGCGGGAUUUUCUUCUAAGGAAACAGAAAAUAUUCUACUCUUUUCAUUUCUAUGUAAUAACCACGUUAAUUAACGUGAUUUAAAAGUCACUGAAUUCCUGCGUUAGAAAAAGAGACAGAACCAUUGUCUGACUGUCCCUUUGUAACACAGCAUAACACAGGUCACUGACCUGCUGGAAGGGCUCAGAUGUCUGCAGCUUCCUCUGCUUUGUGAAAGCAUCAUCGAGGUGCCCAUCAGGAAUUGGCUGGUGGCACCAGCCCUCCGUAAAGACGGCAGCUACUGCAUAAGACAAGCCCCGAUCCUGGCUGAAGCCCAGAGGCAGGAAGAUGAGACAUCAGAAAACACUGACACAGGUGACUAAAAAUGUAAUGAACCAUCAGGUUUUGGUCUCAGACUUUCUGUGGUCCCUUUUAAGAAGUUAAACUGCUUUAUUGCAGAGGAGACCGCCGCAGAGGAACAGCCAGCCUUUGGGAGUGUUCCCUACAUUGCCAGACCUCAUCCUGAACAAAAAAGCCACUCAGGUCAGAGAUUAACUUGCAAACUAGUAGAAUAGUUUGUUUGCCUUGAUCCCAUAAACUGAAGCCAAAACAUACAGAUUGUCCCCUUUUGACUGGCUGCAGUACGUCACAGAGCCAACCUGCUCCAUUAACAGCUGUAUCGAAGUAGAUCAUCAAAACACAUACCAAAUAAGAUUUCAUCAAACAUGUUUGCUGUCAGAACAGCUCAUAUGGAUUAGGGUUUUCUCACCCCUUAAUUGGAUAUUUCGGCAUUAAUUUAAGUUACGGUCAAACACACCGUAACACCGAGUUAGACGCCCCCUCAAGAGAUUUAGUUGCCGACCACUUGCUUCUCUAGUUACACCAACUUUAGUAACGACCGCAUGACAGCAAUACACAGCGGUCUGAGGAGCCAUAAACAAACCCCAACCAAAAAGCCACUCUAUAGCCACAAAUAACGCUCAGAACAGCACCAAACGUCAUCAACAGUACAUAUCGGGUCCUAGCCACCUAAAAUCUUUUUAACUUUGCCUAGGUUCUUUCACAAAGAGACUAAAUACAACUCACCCACUCUCUUGCAGCACCCACUUGUUUGUAGUGAGAUCUCAGGCCAGUCCAUCACAGACUACAGCGGGGUGACACAGCUCAAGGAAGAACAUAUAUGAUCAUUACUUUAUCCUUUCCUUGAAGUAAUAAUCAUCAUAAUCAUCAUUUUGCACUGCAGACGCGAGAGUUCUUCUGCCUUAGCGUCUCGAUCUGAUUGCAUUUCCAUGAAGUCAUGAUCAUAUAUGUUCGUCCUUGAGCUGCAUUACCCCGCUGCUGUUGGUAAUGGACUCAUCUGAGGUCUUCGUACAAACAAGCAGCUGCUGGAAGAGAGUGGGUAAGUUGCGUUUGGUCUCUUUGCCAAAAAAAAAAACCAGGCAAAGCUAAAAAUAUGUUUGAUGGCUAGCACUAUUGCUGGGACCCCAUUACCACCUAAAUAAAUCUUUUUCUGUAAGGGCUGAUGAAGAUAGCAGAACCGAUGGUUAUUAAAGUACAACUCCUGCACUAGUUAUUAACACUAAUUAGGAGGUAUAUAAGAUACUACUUUAUGCAUAUGCUCCUGCAAAGUUACAGGACUAUGCAAACCUAUAUUAUAGAUGCAGCAAAGGAGUAUACAAUAAAUCAGGCUUACAGUCGACCCUUCUGUGCAUGUACUGUCUUUGAAAAUGUGUCCAAUGCAACAUGUUAGGGCUGUUCUUGGGUUCGACUUUUUACAGUGGGAGGAAAGAGGGGCCUGCUGCACUUAUUUUUCAGUGGUUACAUUUGUUUUAAACUGCAUCUCUUUUUUUCCUUCUUAGCUUUCCUGGUGAAACUGAGGAAGUAUGUGAAGUAGCUGCUUCGCCCACAAAGAAGCUCAGAAAAGUGAAUGUAUCAUAUCAACCCAAAGUUAUCUCUAUUCUGUAAAAAACUAGAAAAAAAUGGAAUAAACAAGGUUGAAAUGUC